CGCCGCGCGCUCCGCCACCAGUCGAGGAGGAGCCUCUCCGGGGUUCGACGGCGCGCGCUGCGCGCGAGGGCCGAACGCGCUCGGAAUACCGCACCGGAGAGAGAAGAACAUAGUAGGUGACAGAGAGAGAAUCACGCCGCGGACUGCAGGCGAUGGGAUUGUAUUUCACGAGGAACUCGCCGUGGGGUCUGCUGUAGCGGGGCUCGUCCGCAGAGAGAAGCUCGCGCUGGCUGGAGCGCGCGGGCACCGGAGCUGCUCACCUCGGCUGCACCGCGACUAAUAUGCAGUCAAUCAAAGUGGAAACAAUGAAUAUUCAUUGGCUUUUGAUACCAUUAAUGCUGAUGGGAAGUUCUGGUGGAGCAUCGGAAAGUGAACCGGAGGCCCCAACUGGCACAGCUCCUAAACCCUUGUUGACUCCAGUGAGCAGAGGAGCCCAAGCAAUGAGCGAGCACGAAUGCUAUGAACAACCAAAACGGCCCCUCGACAGAACAGGUCCGCACUGCAAUCGGACCUGGGACGGAUGGUUCUGCUGGGACGACACUCCAGCCGGAACCUACGCCUAUCGGGACUGUGUGGACUUCACAGAAAAAGUGACAAAAUAUUGUGAUGAAUCAGGUAAUUGGCUCCAACAUCCUGCCAUUAAUAAAAGCUGGUCCAACUGCAUUGCUUUCCCCAAGGACAAAUUAAAGAGAGUGAUGACUCACGACUCCCCCAACAGACACAUGGGGCCUACUAUUGAAACACAUGGCCCACCAAGCGGGGACAUGGGACCCACCCUUGAAACACUAAUCAGUCCUGCUGUCACGCAGAAGGCGGAGGAGAGGAAGGUGAUUAUUGACAGGCAGUACAAGUGCUUUGAAAAAAUGAACAGGGACCUGCCGUACAACAAAUCAGGUCCGUACUGUAAUCGAACCUGGGAUGGGUGGCUGUGCUGGGAUGACACUCCAGCAGGGACGUACACGUCACAGAAUUGUCCCAAUUACUUUCCCGAUUUCGACUCCACAGAGAAAGUCACAAAAUAUUGCGACGAGACAGGAAACUGGUUCCGACAUCCAGAGAACAACAGGACAUGGUCCAACUACACACUUUGUGUCAUCUAUACAAAAGAGAAGUUAAAGAUGGCGUACAUUCUGUACUAUAUGGCCAUCGCCGGUCAUGCAUUAUCCAUUGCAUCACUUCUGGUUUCCUUGGCGAUAUUCUUUUACUUCAGGAGCCUGAGUUGCCAAAGGAUUACCCUGCACAAGAAUUUGUUUUGCUCAUAUGUGCUGAACUCAGCAUUUACCAUUUUGAACCUCAUCACAGUGGUGAACAAUCCCGAGCUGGUGGAAGAAAACCCAGUGAGCUGUAAGGUGCUCCACUUCUUUCACAUGUACCUUCUGGGGUGCAACUACUUCUGGAUGCUGUGCGAAGGUAUUUACCUGCACACCCUGAUUGUGGUGGCAGUAUUUGCUGAGGAGCAGCACCUGCAUUGGUAUUACCUUCUGGGCUGGGGGUUUCCUUUGGUACCUGUAUCUAUACAUGCCGUUGCGAGGAAAAAGUAUUUCGAUGACAACUGCUGGAUGAGUGUCGAAACCCAUUUGCUCUACAUCAUCCAUGGGCCCAUCCUGGCAGCCUUACUGGUGAACCUGUUCUUUCUACUCAACAUUGUGAGGGUGCUGGUGACCAAGCUGAGGGACACACACCGCGCUGAGUCCAACAUGUACAUGAAGGCAGUGAGGGCGACGCUCAUUCUUGUGCCCUUGCUGGGGAUCCAGUUUGUCAUCAUCCCCUGGAGACCCGAGAAUAGACUUGCUGGAGAGGUCUUUGACUAUUUAAUGCACAUACUGAUGCAUUACCAGGGGUUACUGGUGGCAACAAUAUUUUGCUUUUUCAAUGGGGAGGUGCAGGCGGCCCUCAAAAGGCAGUGGGCCCAAUACAAGGCGCAGUGGGGCCAGCGGCGCCGCGAACACCUCUCCACGCGCUCCACCUCCUACACGGCCACCUCCAUCACCGAGGUGCCCGCCUACGCCUUCCACCACGACUGCAACAGCGAGCACCUCAACGGGAGGCACCCGGAGGACUCGGAGCUCGUGGCGCUCAAACUGGGGGAGACGUACGCCUGAUGCCAGGGGACUCCCGGUGGGGGUGGGGGGGAUGGCGUGAAGGAUCGUCAUAGAGACCCCGUGUUAGAUCCUGGACGGGGCGGUUCUGACGCUCGACUUGUUGUAUUCAGUGCUUCUCGGCGCUGACUUUUCCACCUGGGAGAGAGCUAAUGGGUGUAAUUAUUUUCAUUAAAGUGCUGCUGCUUUUUUUUUUCAAAAUAGGAGCUGCAUUUGUCGAUGUGGCAAAUAAGUAGAGCUGCUAGUUCGAGGUCCUAGUGGGCUGAAGAUGGUCGUGUACCAGCGUUGCUGCCAUGCAGAUGCCAAGCGGCGCGUCCGUGUCCAGGCUGGGACGCCCUCCUUCAACACUGAGCCAAAUGCAGGAGGAAUCCCAUGGGAAAGAGACGAUACUGUGCUUCGAAGGAUGACAAAGUCACGUUUCCUGGUGCCUAAGCUCUUGAGUCUUGUACAUAUUUGUUUCCCUUUGGUGAGUUUAUUUUUGGUCAGGCUGCCUCUCUUUCGCUGCACAUAAUAGCUGUUGUCUGUGUCAUAAAGCUUCCAGCUGCUUGGUUAUUUGUGCAGCUGUGGGUCUGCUUUUCCUGUCAAUGGAGAGGGUGGAGCAUACACACAUCGAGGGACCAUUUAGAUGUUAAGACCGACUACUAAUUUAGUAUAAAAAGACAUGAAAUCCAGAGAAUCAACAUAACAAUGGAAUGAGCUAGCUGUGAUUUUGUAUUCAGCAGUCAUUUGGUUUACGUGUGAGAUCGCAGCUUGGUUUUUUCACAUUUACUUCUUUUUCGCACAAAUGUUUCUUGCUCUGGUAUUUUAAUGAAUGGGCACUGUGUGACUGAAUGCCACCGUUGCUUGUAUGUUCACCUGUAAUUUUUUUUAUUAUUUUUUUUUUUU